AUGCUUUCCACAUCUACUUCUUCAUCCCGGAGGUGUCAGGAUGAUGGUGAGGGUACCUCACAGACGGUCGAUGAUGGAUCUCUUGUGCCACCUCCUGAUAGUGUGGACCCAUUGCACGGGGAGGCUGGUGCACCUGAGGCUCUUGAGGGUUACCUAGAGGGUCCUUUAGAUUUAUCCCUGUUGACAGGAUACGAUAGGGCUUCCCAGAAAUUCUACUACCACGGGCAAAAGAUUUUAUCUCUACAGCAGCCUGCACAGCCGUGGUUCCAGAAUGUCCUCACAACUUCUGGGAUGAAGGACCUAUGUCACAUCGGGUACUCCACUAUACACAACAGGAUGUUGAUGGCAUUUGCAGACAGGUGGCACUCAGAGACUUCGUCAUUCCAUUUGCCUCAUGGUGAGGUUACUAUUACUUUGAACGACAUCGCAUGCCUCCUGCAUAUACCUAUUCGGGGCACCCUCCUUUGUUACGGUAGGAUGAUGAAGAAGGAAGCGAGAGAGGCUCUAAUUGAGGAGCUCAGGGAUGAUCUAGAGGAUGCGCUUGAGGAGGUGGAGAGGAACUGUGGCGCGUACAAGAUGUUUCACUUCUUGACGCAGAGAUAUGAUGGUGAGCUCCUUACGAUACAACUGGAUGCUGGUGACCCAAUUGAGGUAGAGAUACUAAUACUAGACAACAUGUGA